AUGCCUAGGUUUCUCUCAGGACUUUUCCCGAGCAAUUGGUGCUCGAGCGCGACUUUCUUCCCCAAAUUCCACAACUUCCGCUGCAGAAUGGGCUGCAUUCAGGCCAAAUGCUGCCGUACCUGCUCGCCCUCCUCCGACGGCGACAACAACGAGGAAGAAGAAGAAUCGGGCGCCUUCCCCGGCCCGAACAACCCCCGCGGGCCCGCAUCCGACGUUUCCCUAGACGCCGUCAACAUCCCCUCCCACCAUAUCCGGCUUUCAUACGCCGCCUUCAGCCUUCGCGGCUACUACCCAGAAGCCCCGAACAAGGAGAAUCAGGACAGCUACUGCGUGAAAACCGCCGUCCAGGGAAACCCUAACGUCCACUUCUUCGGGGUUUACGACGGGCACGGUCUCUGUGGGACCCACUCGGCCUUUCUGGCAACAAACGACGAGCUCCACGCCAGCGAGGUAGACGACUCCAUGAGUGGCACAACUGCAAUUACAGCCCUUGUGAUUGGGGACAAACUGUAUGUAGCCAAUGUGGGAGAUUCGCGGGCUGUGCUGGGAGUCAGGGAAGGAGACAGAGUUCUUGCCCAAGACCUGUCCAGAGAUCAAACCCCAUUCAGAAAGGACGAGUGUGAGAGAGUUAAGCUUUGUGGGGCUAGGACUGUAGACCAGGUGGAAGGGAUAAAGGACCCGAGUAUACAGUCAUGGGGAAAUGAGGAGACUGAAGGGGCCGAUCCUCCGCGGCUGUGGGUACAGGAUGGGAUGUACCCUGGGACUGCAUUUACUAGGAGUGUGGGAGACAGUAUGGCUGAGAAGAUUGGAGUAGUUGCGGAUCCUGAGGUUUCUACUGUGAGGCUCACGGCUGAUCAUCUGUUUUUCUUGAUCGCCAGUGAUGGGGUUUUCGAGUCAAUAAAUAUGCUGAUCCCAGCUUGUGCUGCAAUAGCGGAUGAAUCUUACAAAUUGUGGUUAGAGAACGAGAAUCGGACAGACGAUAUAACAAUCAUCAUUGUACACAUUAAACACUUAAACAAU